AUGGAUCACGUUCUUGGCAAGGGAGAGAAGAAGGAGGUGACCUUUAGGCAGCUUGGAGAUCUUUUGGGUUCACUAUGGAGAGGGAACCAUGGAACUCAAGGAAGGAACUCCAAAGGGUUUGGGCUACAAUCGCUGAUGGAGUACUCUUCCUCAAGGUCCAAGGCAGCUCAGAUCAGGAGCCCAGUGCUUGAGAUAUCUCUCUCCUACAAGACAGCUUACAACACUAGGCACCAAAGGGAAGGAAGCUUAGUGUUGGAGGGUCAUCACACCUAUCUCUGUGCAGCUGGAGUCCACUGGACAAGAGAAGGUCUACUCCAGCAGGUUGGAUGGACAUCAAGUUUUGCAAGACCAACCUCCUCAUUGAGCACAAGGAGUUGGAUGGGAGGUUCCAAUUCAAGUUCACCAUCCAUUGGCUGGCCCUCCAAGCUUCUUCUGCCCAACCCUGAGCUCACCACAGUUCUAGGAGGUAGAACAUUGACUUCAGACCCCCUGUGUACACAUUAG